AUGCCGGAGCCGGUCCCUUCCGAGGCCGUUGGCAUCCCUUCCGAGUUCGAGGGGCGCGGCGUGUUCCGGUACGCCAACGGCGACGUCUACGACGGUGAGUGGAAGGCGGGCGAGAAGGAGGGGCGCGGCGUCUACCGGUUCGCCGACGGCGACGUCUACGACGGCGAGUGGAAGGCUGGCAAGUACGAGGGGCGCGGCGUCUACCGGUGCGCCAAUGGCGGCGUCUAUGAGGGCAAGUACAAGGCGGGUAAGCCGAAGGGGCGCGGCGUCUUCCGGUGGGCCGAUGGCGACGUCUACGACGGCGAG